AAAGUCAUCCCCGAAUUCGGACUCAAUCAUGCCCUCGCCGCUGCUGGCAGAUCACGACACAUCUCCUGUUCCGACAGACAGAGACGAACGCCAUGCCCUUAUCGAUAUAAACCCCUGUGGAUUUUAUAUACGACAUCCUCCAAAGCCCCAUUUACUACAUGAUGCCAUUACUCCGGAUAAUCUACUCUUCCAGACUAUUCACAUGGGAGCGGCAGUUAUAGACGCUUCCAAAUGGACCCUUAUUGUUGAUGGACUGGUAGAAAGUCCCUUCUCCAUUUCGCUGGAUCAGCUUAAGCGCCUACCCCAAAAGUCUGUCACCUCAUUCCACGAGUGCUACGGCAGCCCAAUCAAGCCUCCAGUAGAAGCAGUAUGGCGGGUAGGCAAUGUCAUCUGGACUGGCGUCCCUCUUGCGUUCCUCAUAUCGCUUGCUUCACCUCUCCCCGAGGCCAGUUUUGUGUGGUCUGAUGGACUUGAUUAUGGGACAUUUGCGGGCAUCACGACAGAUCGUUACCAGAAAGACCUACCAUUAGAUAAAGCCCAGAGCCUAGGAGUCUUAAUAGCUUAUCAAAUGAAUGGACAAGCCUUGACGAAAGAACGAGGAGGCCCAGUCAGACUCGUUGUGCCGGGGUGGUUUGGGACCAACUCUACUAAAUGGCUUUGUCGAUUGACGCUGGAGAACAGGAGGGCUGAAGGGCCAUAUACCACCACCUUCUACAAUGAACUCGAUCCCGCAGACCCCAAAGGAAUUGCAAAACGGCCAGUCUGGAAUGUUGAAGUCAACUCGAUCAUUGUGCGUCCUGAACCCGAAGCUGUGAUAGUAGGUGCAAAGGUGGUGAUAGAAGGUUGGGCUUGGUGUUUUGAAGAGGUGAAAAAUGUUGGCAUUUCCUUUGAUAACGGAGAAACCUGGAUUGUAGCCCAAGUUGAGGGCCGAAUCGACUUUAGCUGGCAGAAAUGGAAGACUGAGCUGACUCUUGCAUCCGGCUCGUACUCGGUCAUAGCCCGGGCGGAGUCAAUGUCAGGUCAGACGCAACCGCUCUCCGGGAGGAGGAACCACGUCCAUGCCGUUAGCUUUUCUGUAUCUGGCUCACCAUCUGAGCUUUGAUAGAGGGACAUUUAUGUAAAACUCAAAUGA